CGCAGCGGGAGGCAACCAAUGGGAUUUUUCGUCCAGUGAAAAGUGGAAAAACAACAAAAAUCCCCACACCGCAUUCUAAGGUAAUAGUCAACCACAUUUGACCCUCGAGAAAGGUCGGAGGAUAAUUCACGGUGAUGCGAUGGAUUCAAGCACACAACACUACAUUCUUCGAGAUUUUGCAGUCACAACUCCAAGUGCUUAUACGGUCGUCACUCCUUUCCGUUACUGUAUUUCGGCCGUGAACUCUGAGGAGGUUUCAGCGAGUCGGGUAGUAAAGGAGUGGGUGUGGGAGAGCCGUCCAGACUUUAAACCAGAGUGAUGAGCUCUGUGUGCUUGGAAAGUUAACCCUGGGAGCGACAUAAAGGAAUAAAUAUGAGGGGCCAAGAGAAAAAAAAUUUGUUUUUCUGGGAGACCAAGAGAGGAUGUUAAUGUGAGUUAAGGUAAUGCAGUGGAAAGGAGAAGAUGGGAAAAUUGAAGGGGCGAGUGAAGGCGGUAGCUGUGCGGCACAGUGAGGCGGAACGAGGAAAAGAGAAGUCUUGGCAGUAGAGCACGUUUUCCUUCAAGCAGUGCGAGCCCGUGCUUGUUUGUAAACAGAACGCCAGGAAUGCUUCACAUUUAGUCCCUUGUGUGUAAGGUAGAAAUCUGGGAGUCCCUAAGUGAGUGGAACAAGGAGGACUAAAAGUCAGAGUCCUGAGCAAGGGCUGAGCUUGGGAUGGGGAAGAAGAGUUAAGGUAACAGGAGUCGGGAAUUUGGGGAGUGUCUUGAGAGAACUGACUAAUCUGACCUCUUUCUCUCUCAGGAUACGUGGGACACCUGCGCGAGCACUGGAUUUUGUUCUGCAGCAUCUGAAAGGGCUGUUCCUGACCAAGAAGACCCAGGGAGACCGUCUCUGAAAUCAAGUCCGGAUGAAGAAUGGAUAACAGCAAGCCGCCUUUGGUUGUUCCUACACUUCUGGUGCCCCUCCAAAACCACAGCUGCACAGACACAGCCGCCCUUCUGCUGAGCCGAGACCUGACAGAGCUCUACGAGGAGCCCGGCUUCAGGAGCAAUGAAACAGACCUGCACUACAGACCGAAUCCCGGGGAAGUGGCCACAGCCAGCAUUUUCUUUGGGGCCCUGUGGUUGUUUUCUAUCUUUGGCAAUUCCCUGGUGUGUUUGGUCAUCCACCGGAGCAGGAGGACUCAGUCCACCACCAACUACUUUGUGGUGUCCCUGGCCUGUGCCGACCUGCUCGUCAGCGUGGCCAGCACGCCUUUCGUCCUGCUGCAGUUCACCACUGGCCGUUGGGCCCUGGGCAGUGCCACGUGCAGGGCCGUGCGCUACUUUCAGUAUCUCACCCCGGGCGUCCAGAUCUACGUUCUCCUCUCCAUCUGCAUAGACCGGUUCUACACCAUCGUCUACCCGCUGAGCUUCAAGGUGUCUAGAGAAAAAGCCAAGAAGAUGAUUGCAGCAUCCUGGAUCUUUGAGGCAGCCUUCGUGACCCCCGUGUUCUUCUUCUACGGCUCCAACUGGGACAGUCAUUGUAACUAUUUCCUCCCCUCCUCUUGGGAAGGAACUGCCUAUACCAUCAUCCAUUUCUUGGUGAGCUUUGUGAUUCCAUCCAUCCUCAUAAUCUUAUUUUACCAGAAGGUCAUAAAAUAUAUUUGGAGAAUCAGCACUGAUGGCCGAACGGUGAGGAGGACAAUGAACAUCGUCCCAAGGACAAAAGUGAAAACCAUCAAGAUGUUCCUCAUUUUAAAUCUACUGUUUUUGCUCUCGUGGCUUCCUUUUCAUGUUGCUCAGCUGUGGCACCCCCACGAGCGAGACUGUAAGAAAAACUCCCUUGUUUUCACAGCUAUCACAUGGGUAUCCUUUAGUUCCUCAGCCUCUAAACCUGCUCUGUAUUCCAUUUAUAAUGCCAAUUUUAGGAGAGGAAUGAAAGAGACCUUUUGCAUGUCCUCGAUGAAGUGUUACCGAAGCAAUGCCUACACUAUCACAACCAGUUCAAGGAUGGCCAAAAAAAACUAUGUUGGCAUCUCAGAAAUCCCUCCCACGGCCAAAACUAUAACCAAAGACUCAAUCUAUGAUUCAUUUGACAGAGAAGCCAAGGAAAAAAAGCUUGCUUGGCCCAUUAAUUCAAAUCCGCCAAAUACCUUUGUCUAAUUUCUCAGAAUUCUUUCAAUUAUUGUU